AUGACAUUAAGCUUCUUCGAUCAAUUUAUAAGUCCCACCCUGCUAGGUAUUCCACUGAUUGCUCUGGCACUCACACUGCCCUGAGUCCUAUUUCCCCAACCCUCAACACGGUGAAUAAAUAAUCGCCUCUUAACCCUCCAAAACUGAUUUAUUUCCCGCUUUACCCAACAGAUUUUUCAACCAAUUAAUCUCCCCGGCCACAAGUGAGCCCUUAUUCUAACCUCUUUAAUGCUAUUCCUUAUUUCCCUAAAUAUACUAGGACUCCUUCCAUAUACUUUUACACCUACCACCCAGCUAUCCCUUAAUAUGGCCUUAGCCGUACCCCUCUGACUUGCCACCGUUAUUAUUGGUAUGCGCACCCAGCCAACGCAUGCCCUAGGACACCUCCUCCCAGAAGGCACCCCCACACUGCUGAUUCCCGUACUAAUUAUCAUUGAAACCAUUAGCCUAUUUAUUCGACCUCUAGCCCUUGGAGUCCGGCUUACGGCCAAUUUAACUGCAGGGCACCUACUAAUUCAACUCAUUGCUACUGCUGCCUUCGUCCUUCUCCCAAUUAUACCUACCACAGCCAUUCUUACUUCCAUCCUUCUUCUCCUACUUACUCUCCUGGAAGUUGCCGUAGCUAUAAUUCAGGCCUACGUAUUUGUCCUUCUCUUAAGCCUCUACCUACAAGAAAACGUCUAA